UGAAGAGCUUCAUUUGAACAGAGCUCAAAACAACACAGAAAAAAAACCCUUUUCUACUCCCAAAUUUUUCCACUUCAAUUUUAUUUGAAUUUUCAGAAAAAAUCAUCUGAAAAUUCGAUUAAUUCCGCGCUCGCAGAAAUGGCCGGAGAAAAUUCGUCGAAGCCAGUGAAGAAAGAAGAAAUUGAAGACGACGACGAAGACGAUAGGAGCAUCGCCUCCACUUUUGCGAACCGGAAAAACAAAUCGCCGAGCAAAAGCAAUGCCGCCGCGAAAUCGCAGCCGAAGGUGAAGAAGGAAGCGAACAAGCUCAAAAAAGAGGAAGCCGAUGAAGAUUUCGAUGAACCUUCCUCAAAUAAAUCCACCGUAAAAACUGAAACCAAGGUGCAGAAAAAGAAGGUGAAAGAAGAGGCGGUAAAAACGAAGAAAGGAGGUAAAACAGCUGAGAAAAAGGAUGCUAAGAAGAGAGAGAAGAAAGUGUUUGAUUUACCAGGUCAAAAGAAGGAUCCUCCUGAAGAAAGAGACCCGUUGAGGAUUUUCUACGAAACACUGCACAAGCAAGUGCCCGGUAGUGAGAUGGCGGCGAUAUGGAUGAUGGAGUCCGGUUUGCUUCCGAAAGACGAAGCAAAGAAAGUUUUCGAGAGAAAACAGAAAAAGGGCCAGCAGCAAAAGCUCAGUUCGCCGAUGAAAAAAGUUGUGACUGUGAAGAAGAAAGCUGGAAAUACGACCACCAUUGAAAAGAAAUCUUCGACUACUCCAAUUUCUACCGAGCAGAAGAAAAGGACGAAAAUGACCUCAGACACCAAAACUACCUCGAAGAAACGAAAGAGCAAAGAUAGCUCUUCUGAAGAAGAUGAUGAUGACUUUGUAUUGGAUGCUAUUAAGUCCAAGAAACAGAGAGUUUCUUAAUUCUAGGUCUAUUUUUAUUUUUAAUUAAUCCCUCUUAAUUGGUGAUGUAAUGAAUUUUAAUCAAUUGACUAAAUUACUAAAAGACCCUCUUUAGAUUUUAUUUGUU